AUGGAAACAUUACCAAGCAUCCUUAGCGAAAUAGAGCUCCCACAGUGGUAUGAAGACUUCGAAGUCGUUCGCUCUACCUUAUUGAACAUAAAUGAAGACGAAAUCGAAUACACACAAGAGAUGAUUGAACAGUCUGCAAUUUACUACUCACAUCAGAAGUUAAUCGCUGAAUUAAUUGUUUACAUCUCUUCAAUCAGAGAACAAAAUCAGAAACAAUUAGCUCAGCUUGUUUAUCUUUUGUCUCAGAACAACAACAUUUUCAAGAAUCAGAUACUUGAACUUAGCACAGGUGUCUUCUUACGCCAAUUAUACCUUAAUCAAGUCUUUUCACUUGAAAAUAUUAAGGAAAAGCUCGAAACAGACCCAUCACAAAAAAUUUAUUUUGCUCCAGAGCUUGAUCUUCACGAUAAUGAUGAGUCAACUUUAUUAUUUGAUCAGAAGGUUUCUCUUUCCGAGUUAGCUGAGAACAACUGGCAACUUUUCAAUGAAAUCAUAGAAAAUCAUUGCCAGAGAAAUUCAAUCGAGCAUGCAUUAAGAAAUGAUGACAAUCAGUACUUCUUCGAACUCACUUCAAACAUCAAUUUUGUUGCAACAUCCGAAUUACUCGCCAAGGCUGCUUUCUAUGGCUCUGAAAAUGUUUUCAGAUUCCUUUUAGUCAGUGGUGCCCAAAUCACAGAAGCUGUCACAAUUUCCGCUGUAAAAGGAGGAUGCGCCGCAAUCAUCCGUUUAUGCCUCCAGAACAACGGUAACUUCGAAAAGUGCCUCAAGGCUGCAGCAGAAUACCAUAGAGAUGAUAUUUUCGACUGGAUCUAUGAGAAUAUGGAUACAAAAGAAUUGCCAGUUAAUGAAUUCAUCGGUUUCAUGAAUCCACGUGCAGUUCUUCAUGCUAUAUUCCGUGGAGUAGAUCCAAACGAGUUCGCCAAGUACAAGACAACUUGCCUUCACGAUGCAGUCAAGAAUGAUGAUGAUCUUCUUGCCCUUACACUCAUAAAGAACGGUGCUUCUCCAGAUGCAAAGGAUAUUAACGGAAUGACACCAUUGCAUUAUGCUCAUUCAAGAAAGAUUGUCAAGAUCUUGAUUGAUGCUGGUGCUGAUAUCGAAGCACGUGACAACAGUGGUGCAACACCAUUGUUUGCUGCUGUUCUUAGAAAUGAAAACGUCGUCAUUCGUGCUCUUUACGAUUUCGGUGCUAAUAUCAAUGCAACAAACUUCACAAAGAAGACACCAUACAUGCUUGCAAAGGAAUGGAAGAAUUCCAAUGCUGCAGAUUUCCUCGCUCAUCUUGGAUGCUCAGUUGCUAUCAAGACUGAGAAGAAGAACAAUUCUAGCCGCGGAUAUUAUUUGUUAUUAUAA